CCGCUGCGAUGUGAACAUGGGGCCUGUGGGCGCCAGGGGUCAUGGGCGGCUGCAUGGGACGGGCGGCCGCCUGCUUCGGCGCUGACAGCCAGCCGACGGACAGGCAGCCGCUGUUCGACGAGGAGCAGCUGCGAGUAAGACCCAGAGGACCAAAGAGCGUGUCGUCCUACCUCAGCAGAAGGCGCAGAAAGAAUCGACGCCGAGCCGAACAGUGGGAGUUGGCCGAGACAAGUCGGCCCAUUCCCGAAGACGAUGACGUCACGCAGCCACCGGAGAUGACGUCACACAUCAUGGAUCCGGCGCGGCUGGCACAGGAUGUCGGGUCGGCGCGUCCGCGCGGGUUUGAAGACGUGGCCAGCCGGCCCGGGUGGCGUCUGGGCGGUCUGUGGUCGCGGCUGAACCGGUCCGUCACGUCCCUGGCCUCCUCCAGCAGCCUGCGCCAGACCGGAUCCCAGUGGGGGAGCUGCGACCUGGAGUGGGACGCUGAGGGGACAGGCUUCUCGCCGCGUCGCUCGCGCCGCCGGCCGCCCGACGAGGAGCAAAUGUCGUGCGGCCGCACCAUCGACACGUGCAGCGUCGCACUGACGCGCGAGACCUCGCCCACCAGCCUCGACUGGGACGCCAACUUCGACCAGGACCAGCUGGAGACGGCCGCGCCGCCGCCGCCGUCGCCGUCCGACCGCAUGACGACCAGUGACGUCACCAACGGCAACUUCGCCGACGUCACCGACGACGAGACCGAGCAGCUGAUUGGCCAGAUCGACGCCAUGACGCAGCGGACGUUGGCGGAGACGGGCUCGGUGAUUGGCUUCAUUGACGAUCCGUGACGAGCGGCCGCCGGUGGGGGAGGGGAGGGGGUGGCGUCAUGCGGGAUUCAGGGCGCCAUUAGCGCAUCGAAUUUGUGAUGGUGCGCGCGUUUUUAUCGUUCGUAGCGGCUGCAUCAGCUGGCCAGCUGCGAAAUGUUGAGGUUGAAUGAAAUGCACGCAACCCUCGAGUGCGCCACCUGUAGUUCGAUUCCGCGGAAGCAUAUCACUCAACCAAUAAUGUCCUGCGGCUCUAUAGAAUCAGAUACUUUUGCCUUCCUUGGUGCUGAUGACGUAUUUCUAUUCGGUGCGUCGUGAAUGUCAUGACUGACGUCCGGUCGGUCACGUGGCACACUGCGUGUGGCUGUUGAUUGGUGACUUUGGAUGGCAGACAACACGCUUUACUCAAAAAAG